AUCCGGUGUUGGGCUUGUCGGGGCUUGACAUCAUCCGUCUCAUCCAUACAGACUGACUACAGCUUACUUGAUGGUCGUGUGGACAAAGCCAAACAGCGUGCACCAAAUGCCGCAAAGAGACCGGGAAGGAAAACCUAAAAACAAAAUCAUAUAGACAAAGUUGUUGUAAUUCAAUUUUUGUAGUUGAUAUAGAAAUGCAUAAAUAAUUAGAUAAAACAAAGUGGCACGACUUUUUACUGUCAAUUUAAAUAGAAAAAAUAUUGUAAUUUAGUAGGCCGUACAGAAGGAAAAUCGAUUUUCCUUUUCUGUGUCUUCUGUCUGUGUGUGUGCGUACAAUUAAAGGAAAAGUUUUCAAAAAGAAAAAAUCUAGUAGAAAAGGAAAUAUUUUUUAAGUGAAAAUGGCUGCAAGACGGAAUACAGGGAAUACCACAUUGCCGGCGGGUGGAGAGGGGUCAGCCCAUAAUCUAGAUUCACGUUUGUCGCGACAUGUGGAAAGUGUUAUACCCAAGAAGAGGCAAGAAGCACUUAAAUGGUUCGGUUGGGGCUACAAUGAUUCACAGUUCUAUGGACAGGAUGGCAUCAUCUGUUUUCGCGGUGAAAAAUAUCCUUUGGGUGGUUGCGAGUUGCGCACUUUCACCAAAUGGGUGCAACAGAAAUUUCAACUGACUGUCGAUCCGAGUAAACCGUUUCCCGAGCUACCCAAAACCUAUCCCAGGCCCGUUGAGAAUGUUCCCUUUUUGAAUGAACUGCGAGGCACUACGAAGGUGGAUUACUCUCAGGAGGGCAUUGAUCGUUUGGUGCGCUGUCAUGGCCAGACUUUGAGUGACAUCUAUAGCCUGUGGCAUCAUAAAUUCCAACGUAUACCUGACUUGGUCGUUUGGCCUCGCUGCCACGAUGAAGUCGUACAGUUAGUGGGUUUGGCCCAUAAGCACAAUGUGAUGCUGUUGCCCUUUGGCGGGGGAACUAGUGUUUCUGGAUCUAUUACUUGUCCGCAAGGAGAGAAGCGUAUGAUUUGCGUAUUGGACACAUCUCAAAUGAAUCGUUUGCUUUGGCUUAAUCGUGAAAACCUCACCGUAUGCUUUGAAUCUGGCGUAGUGGGUCAAGAUUUGGAACGUGUGCUCCAGGAACAGGGAUUGACUGUCGGUCAUGAACCCGAUUCAUAUGAGUUCAGUACUCUAGGCGGUUGGGUGGCCACUCGUGCCUCGGGCAUGAAGAAAAAUGUCUAUGGCAAUAUUGAGGAUCUUGUGGUACGUGUGCGUAUGGUUACCCCGACGGGCACACUAGAGCGCGAGUGUAGUGCACCGCGUGUGAGUAUUGGACCCGACUUUAAUCACAUGAUACUCGGCUCGGAAGGCACUCUUGGUGUCAUAACCGAAGUUGUGCUGAAAGUGCGCCCCCUGCCAUCGGUUAAGCGUUAUGGUUCCUUGGCCUUUCCCAACUUUGAGUUGGGUGUCCAGUUUAUGCGCGAAGUGGCGCUACGCCGAUGUCAACCUGCCUCGGUGCGUCUAAUGGACAAUGAACAGUUUAUGUUCGGUCAGGCUCUGAAGCCCGAGAAAAGUUGGUUCGACAGCUGUGUCGAUGCCCUAAAGCAGCACUAUGUUACCUCAUGGAAGGGUAUAGAUCUAAAUCAAAUUUGUGCUGCCACGCUACUUUUUGAGGGUGAUUUGAAAGAUGUGCAACGGCAGGAGGCAUUGAUCUAUGAAAUAGCAGCCAAAUUUAAAGGAUUUCCGGCAGGUGGUCAGAAUGGCGAGAGAGGCUAUAUACUGACCUUUGUCAUAGCCUACAUUAGGGACUUUGGCCUGCAUCAGGGCAUUGUGGCUGAAUCCUUUGAAACUUCAGUGCCCUGGGAUCGUUGCAGCUUGCUUUGUCGUUCGGUCAAACAGCGUGUGAUGUCGGAGUGCCAAAAACGUCAGAUUAAUUUUUACACCGUGUCCUGUCGCGUGACACAAACCUAUGAUGCCGGAGCUUGUAUUUAUUUCUAUUUUGGUUUUCGCUCCAUUGAUGUGGAGGAUCCGGUAGAGCUAUUCGAGUCCAUUGAGCACAGUGCACGCGAUGAGAUUCUUGCCUGCGGUGGUUCCUUAUCCCAUCAUCAUGGUGUGGGCAAAAUACGUAGUCAUUGGUAUCGCGAUGCAGUUACCGAAACGGGCAGCUCCUUAUUUGGGGCAGCCAAAAAGCAUUUGGAUCCAAAGAAUAUUUUUGCUUUGGGCAAUCUUUUGCCACAAGUGCAGGAGACAGAGGAGAAGGCCCGAGCGCCAGAGGUUGUGACAGCAAAAGCCAAACUGUAAAUUAUUGAAGGGGGUUGGAGUAUUUAGUCUAGUUCAUAUAUUUAGUUCAUAUACUAGUCGAAAUCCUCAAUAAUUAAGCCUUAACUUUUUUUUGAGGCUCAUUUUUUACAUCAUGGGUGUUGCAAUUUUUUGAUAUAAAUAAAUGGAAGAUUUGUAAUAGAAAAA